AUGGAAAUCAUGGAGCUCGUUGACAACAGACCACAAUCUCACCGCUUCAACUGCGAUUGGAAGACGUGCAAUAAGGGAUUCAAGCGCAAAUCCGACUUGCAACGACACUACCGAAUUCACACAAACGACCGGCCGUUCCCGUGCCCAGCGCCAGGCUGCGAGUCAAGCUUCAUCCAGAGGAGUGCUCUGACGGUUCACUUACGAAUUCACACUGGAGAAAAGCCCUAUGAGUGCCAGUAUCCCGGCUGUGACAAGCGGUUCGCAGAUUCUUCCAGCUUUUCUCGACAUCGUCGAUUACAUGUAGGAAAACGCCCUUACACAUGCGCCGUCGCUACAUGCAGGAAACACUUCGUCCGAAAAGUGGCAAUGGUGCAACACCACAAGCUCCAUCACAGAACCAACGACGACUCUAAGGAAUUCACGGGCCAAUAUUGGAACUCGCCACCGCGCCACGAUGAAGUAGCCGCUACAAGUACUGCUGUCAUUAUGCCACCAGGGGUUGAUGCAGUGUCGAGGGAGAGCCUACGGGCCGCAGGACACACCAGCUCCGCUGAGCUUCAUAGCGAAGAUCAUGCUGGAGUAGCCGAACGUUUCGAAGAAUCUCCUCUCGCCACUUCGUCCAGACAACCAUAUGGAAGAGUCCACUACGACUACUCAACGGCCGACGGGCAGUUCUUUUACGAUGAUUCCCACAGUUCCCAGGGAUCGGAGCAAGCUUCAAGUCCAAUUGAUGACUUCGCGAGCCAACAAGUCGGCUCUGGAUGGCCUCCUCACCACUGCAAUCCGCCGCCUUCGUAUUCGAACCCUAUUUCAUUGCCAGAACUAUGGACGCCAUGCGUCACUAUCGCGGGUGGGCAUACAGCUGGAUUCUACGGUCAUGAAACGAUGUCAUCUCCGCCCGGUUUACAGCCAGUCUUGGGAUUUCCACCAGCUAUCCCGUACGAGAUGCCGCGACCGCAUGAGUUGAGUUGGAAUCCUUAUCAGCCAUGGCCGCAAGAGGGGAGGUGCCAUGCACAAGAUUUCUAUCAUCCAAGGAUCUCGGCAAGUUUGGAUCCAGCUCUGUUCCACUGA